UUCGCAACCUAAAUCACACGCGUUUGAAGCAAGCUUCACCUGGGACAUCGCCAUCGGACACUGGACUGUUGAGCUCCCCAUCGCGGGUCGACGAGGUCCAUUUUGUGUCAAGUUGAGCAGCGAUUCCAAAAUGGAAGGUGCUCAAGAGCGCAAGCCAAAACGACCACACUACAUCCCCCGCCCACCAGGAAAACCCUUCAAGUACCAGUGCUUCCAGUGCCCCUUCACCUGCAACGAGAAGUCUCAUCUCUUCAACCACAUGAAAUAUAACCUGUGCAAGAACUCCAUCUCCUUGAUGUCUCAGAAAAACGGCCAGGCGGCCAAGCAGGUCAAAGCAACAGCCAAGGCAGUCCCUCCGACACCCAAUUCGCCAGGAAAACCUUUGAACUCUCCUCCUGAAGGAGACAAAGACAAGGAGGAAGCAGACUCCGUGGAUGUAGAUGUCGGGUCUGAUAGUCCAGAUUGUGCAGAUGUUGCUAAGUCAACUACCGACAAGUGUGUAUCACGCCCUUCUGCAUUUUCCCUGGUCACACCCAGUCAUGACGAAGCAGAAUCCUUCAAGUCAUCGACUCAGCAGACUGAGGAUCAAGAAGCUCCAGCGCCAGCUAUAACCAGACCGACUUUUCCAUGGAAUGCUAUUGACUUAAAACCAUUUCCCACAACUGUUGUCCCCGAGUACAGUCCAUACCUACUGCAAGAACGUACCCUCUAUCCACCCUUCUACGUUUCUGGAAGCCACAAUGAACAAAUCCAGCCGUCCAUCGGUUCUAAUUCACAGAGGCCACUGGUUCCCCAACCCCUCGCCCCACCUCAUGCUCCCCUCUUUACACACUACCCAUACAGAUACUGCCACCCCAUUCAUUCCGGAACCCCUUAUGAAUACACUAUGUAUAGACCUUAUGAGCUCCCAAUGCCACUUCCGGGGUCAAGAUAUCUUCCUGUAGAUUUGUACGGCCCAACUCUAGGACCUUAUGAUUUUUACAUGCGCUCCCAUCACGACGGCAACAAUGCAGCGACACAAGAAGAGGUAGGCCAGAGACAGAGUGCGCAGAAGGAAACUAGACUGAGCCCUAAAGAGGGAUGCUCAGCCUUAGGCUCACCAGACAGACCCAGUCAGGCAAACGUUGUCCCAAAAGACAUAGACGGACCUCAGUAUACUAACAUGGAUGAGGCUUCCAGUCCAAGGCAUCACCUGAUGCCAGGUAAAUCCAGUCAGAAGGACACCAGGGUUGAGGAUUCUGCGAAGAGUUUGCUGAAGCUCAGCCAGGGAUCAGUGGCGAGAGGAUCUGCGGAGAGCGGAGGACAGUCAUGUGACUCUGAAUGGACAUCAGAACAAGAAGAAGAUAAUGAGGAUGAGAUGGCACCACUCAAUCUGUCGACAAGAACUCACGAAAGCCAACUCAACCACCCAGUCAGCACGUCACCCAAAGGGGAAGAGAUGCCCCUUAACCUGAGCCUCCGCUCUUGUAGCCCACAGAGACUCGGCGCUCAGCUGGAUGAGGAGUCAUGUGACCAGCGGCAGGCGGCAGCGCUGGCUCUCUGUCAGCUGGCUGCCACUACUUCAACACACCACGUGAGCGUCAAAGAGGUUCAGGUGGAUUUGACAAAAUCCAGGAGACUUGGGGAAACAAAAAACACAACCAAGGAAAAAGGCACAAAAAGAACAAUCUCUGAGCAGAGUAAGAAAAGUGGACACAAAGCGAACAAAAAAGCAAAAAUGCUCAGAAGAGCAACAAGCAAGAAGCCACGCUGAUGAACAAUGACUCUAUUUUUGUUUUUUUUAAACUAAAUUAAAGCACUCUAGACUGUUAUAUUGUUCAUAAAUAUUUCAAAAUAUAUAUUUCUUGGGUGGUUAGCAUCGAAAACAAAGAGGAAUACCAGUCUCAGAACUCUCCCAUUGCAGGGGUUGUCUUCAUCCAAUCAUCCAAUCAUCCAAAGACAGCAUGCAGCUGUGAUUUUAAGCGGAUUCAGUGACUCUAGGCAUUUGUGCCUCCCUGCUCAGAUGAUGGACAGCUCACCAAACCAGUCGAUGGUGGACAAAGAAUGUAUUGUUGAACACUCCUUUUUUAUGUAAAACUUUUAA